GCAAAAAGGAAGGGUCCAAUCACCCGCCCGCAUUCACCAUAUGUGAGUUCGGGUCCUACGGGAUCACCGGUGGCGGUGGCCAGGCACACUACUGCGCUAUCUAUAAGCUCCUCCCCUUCCGUCGGUCUUUUGCCCGAGCCAGAUAACUAACGGAAAAACCAUUGUUGCUAGCUAUUCAAAAGCUCGAAAAUGGUAAAAACCAGACAACAGACGUCCACUAAACCUAAGAGGAACCCCCACGCAGAAACUUCGUGUAUCUAAUGCUUGGCCAUUCUGUCUGCACAUACUUCAUGCAAUUGAAACACAUUAGGUGAAAAAGCAGGGAAAGCAGGCUGAUAUCACUCAAUUUCGAUCUCAGCUUGAUGUAUUGGGCCUAAAAAUUAUCCAAGUGACUGCAGAUGGUAAUUGUUUCUUCAGGGCGCUUGCAGAUCAGUUGGAAGGUAGUGAGGAGGAACAUGGAAAGUAUCGCAGCAUGGUGGUGCAAUAUAUAAUGAAGAAUCGUGAAAUGUUUGAGCCUUUUAUUGAGGAUGAGAUCCCAUUUGAUGAAUACUGCCAAUCAAUGGAAAAGGAUGGCACAUGGGCUGGACAUAUGGAAUUGCAGGCGGCUUCUCUUGUUACACGUAGCAAUAUAUGCAUUCACCAGUACAUGUCGCCGCGCUGGUACAUCCGGAAUUUUGAUCAAAGGGGAGCUCGAAUGGUCCAUUUAUCUUAUCAUGACGAAGAACAUUAUAACAGUGUGCGAUUAAAGGAGGACCCUUGUGAUGGGCCAGCCAGGCCAGUUAUAAUUAAGGCUGAUGCUGACCUUUCAGCAACAUCUGAUAAAGCAAAAGCUGCAGCCAGCAAGUGUAAAAGGGGAGCUGCAAAGGAUAUCAUUGAUGCUGGAUCAAUCAAAUUGGUAAUGGCAGGAAGUGGUUGUGAAAGUGCUGAAAAAGUCGAACAGGUUUUACUACAAGUGGAUGGUGAUGCUGAUGCUGCAAUAGAGUUUCUGGUAGCAGAACGAGAGGCAGAUGACUUCUCAGCUGAAAAUGAUACCCUGCAGUGUCAUGUAGAUACUUCUCAUGGUGAUGGUGAAGAUGGAAACUGUGAGCAACAGAAGGAAGAGUCUCUAAAGGAGACCAAACACAAUCCAUCUAACAAUAGAAUCAAACAAAGCUAUGACAACAGCAGUUCCCAGGCACAUGACAAGAAGAUACCAAGAAAUAAGACCUGUCCAUGUGGAUCUAAAAAGAAAUACAAGGCUUGUUGUGGAGCUGUCAAGGCGAGACCUGCUGCAAAGGUUAUAGUUAACCAAACUAUUGGCUCGAGAAAAAGUAGGAAAGAAAGGAAGCAAGGCAACAAAGGAGGUCCAUCUGAAUCUGAAUCUGAAUCAUACUGUGGACCUGAUUGUGGACUGCCUGAUGUGGGUGCGCUUUGUAUAUGAACUUGACUUUAAUGUGAGUGGCAUUGCCAGUUCGUGUAGUUUUUAUGACUUCCCAUUCGUAUUAAAUUAGAGUGCAUAUAACUUUGGCUUCCCGACCAGAUUUUUCUUAGUUUUUUUAUAUUUUUAUCACGAGUCAUUCUAAUUGUCAUAUUGGUUGCUCCUAAUUCAUAAUUCACAAACCACAUGUAUCCCAUAAUCUUUUCACUUCGGAUUGUUACUUUUGUCUGUCUGAACAUAAAAUUUACAUACAAGAGAAUGAAUGAAAUAAUUGGCCAUGUAUUGAAAUCUGA